AUGAACGAAAACGCCACGCGCGGGCGAAAUGUCCCGCACGGGACGAAAGAGGGGGCGCGAAGCGGUGUGUUCGCCCCGGCGGGGGGGCGGGCGGCGCUUUCGAACAUCGGGAACAUGAUCACAGGGGCGCAGGGCGUGAGACAGACGCGGUCUAAGACGACUCUGAACGAAGCCAAGGAGGUGCCGCAACAACAGCAGCAACAGAGCUUCGAAUGGGGCCGGACGUCCCAAAGAACGAGUCACGGGAAGCCGCGUCGCGGAAGUGUCAUGGGUGGCACGAUGACGACCGCGGGCGCGGAUGUGGACAUGCGCGAGUCGUACUCGACGUACCUCGAGCGUAGUUCCGCCGCGGAUGUCAUGACGGACGCGCUGCCAGAUAUCGAUCUUUAUGACCACGACAAUCCGCUCGCGGUCACGCAGUAUGUGAACGACAUUUAUCAGUACUGGUACAAGGUUGAGCCCGAUACGCGAGUCUCUGAGACGUACAUGCUCAUUCAAGGUGACAUCAACUACAAGAUGCGCGCAAUCUUGAUCGAUUGGCUUGUCGAGGUCCAUCUCAAGUUCAAGCUCAUGCCAGAGACGUUGUUCCUCACGACAAAUCUUAUCGACCGAUUUCUAGAGCUCAAAACGGUGACUCGUAGGAACUUGCAACUCGUGGGCGUCACAGCGAUGCUCGUGGCGAGCAAGUAUGAAGAAAUCUGGGCGCCCGAGGUUCGAGACUUUGUCUACAUCAGUGAUCGGGCGUACACGCGACAACAGAUUCUGGAGAUGGAGAAGCAAAUGUUAAAUACGCUGGGGUUCCAUCUCACUGUUCCGACGCCGUACUGCUUCUUGAACCGCUUCUUCAAGGCUGCCGGCGGCGACCGUCAGUUUCAGUUGUACGCGUCGUAUGCGGUCGAGUGCGCGCUCCCGGAAUACGGUAUGCUGAAAUAUUCGGGCAGCACUCUGGCCGCCGCUGGAGUGUAUAUUGCGAUCAGAGGUCUUCAAACGGGAUCGUGGAAUCACACCAUGGAGGCGCACACUCGCUUGUCUGAGUCUGAAGUUUAUCCGUGCGCGUGCGACAUGGCUGAGCUCAUGCGCAAGGCGCCCACGGCAACGCUCACCGCUGUUUACAAGAAGUACAGCAGCGAAAAGUUCAUGAAGAUUGCGACACUACCGGUGCCGCACGACCUUCGGCUGUGA